AUGUUUGGAGAUAAUUUUGCAAAACAAUUGCAGUCUAUACCUCUUUCAAAUGAUACUGUUGCCCGUCGAAUUGCUGAUAUAGCUGAAGAUGUAGUGUGUCAGCUUUUGUCGAAGUUACGUGACAAAUUGUUUUCAAUACAACUCGAUGAGGCAGCAGAUAGUAAUAAAGAUGCUAAUUUGUUAGCCUAUGUUAGAUUUUGUGAUGAUUUGUCAGUAGUAGAAGAAUUACUUUUCUGCAAACCAAUAGAACUCAAAGCAACAGCACUCGCAUUAUUUGCUAUCUUAAAUGAUUUUUAUGAACGAGGCAAACAUAGAAUGGAAAAAUUGCGUCGGAAUAUGCACCGAUGGUGCUCGUUCUAUGUCCGGAAGAUUCCAAAGUAUCCAAGCACUUGUGAAAACAAAAAAUCGCCACAGUGCAUCUGGACACAUUGCAUGAUCCACAGAGAAGCUUUGGCUUCCAAAGAAAUGAGUCCUGGUCUGAAUAUUGUGUUAACUACGGUUGUAACCGUAGUAAAUUUAUAA